UUGCAAAUUGAAGCCUGUACGCAAGUAACGGACCUAAAACUACAUUUCCCUUUCCGUUGACGCUCAUUUGAAUGCCGUGCAGGGGCAUUUUUUCCUCUCCACUCGAUUAUCUCAACACAAGUUUCGUCUGUCAGCGUCAAGAAUAGAACAACCCAGGAAAAGUCAUCGAGAACGGAAGUCGUCUCGUCCAGCUGGAACCUUGGAGAUGUGUAAACAUGGCGAAUAAGCACAGUGAAGCUGUGAGAGUCCCAACAAUGCGCUUCAAAAGCAGACGGCAGUGAUUUCAAGUCCUGCUGCUCGCCUUUUUUCCUUCACUGCUCCGGCUACUUUAGCGAAGGGCUGGGUCCCUUUUACAGCUGGGAGUCUGCAGUUCGCCAGCAUUUCCAUGGAAGACCAGGAAUAUCCCGAAGGGGUGCUGGUGACUGAGGCCGGGCCUCAGUGGCUCCGAGCCGAAGUGGAACGACUUUCCCGGGAGCUGCGGGAGACAACGCAGGAAAAGAUCCAGGCGGCGGAAUAUGGGCUGGCGGUGCUGGAGGAGAAACAGCAGCUCAAACAGCGAUUUGAUGAGUUGGAGACGGAGUACGAGACGGUCCGACAGGAGCUGGAUCAGCUGAAAGAGGCUUUCGGGCAAGCGCACUCAGCCCACAGGAAGGUGGCAGCCGACGGAGAGAGCAGAGAAGAGUCGUUGAUCCUGGAGUCAGCCAGCAAGGAGGCUCAGUACCAGCAGAAGAUUGUAGAGCUGCAGAAUGAGCUCCGGCAGGCCAAAGCCUCCAUUGCCAGCGCGCAGGCUGAGAACGAGCGCCUGUCACACAUCGCCCUGGAAAUGAGAGAGAAUUGCGAUCUGGUGGAGCUGCAGCGCAGUCAGCUGCGAGAUGACAUCAGGGAAUAUAAGGUGCGGGAGACGCGGCUGCUGCAGGACUACAGUGAGCUGGAAGAGGAGAACAUCUCUCUGCAGAAACAAGUGUCUGUGCUGAGACAGAGCCAGGUGGAAUUUGAAGGCCUCAAGCAUGAGAUCCGCCGUCUAGAAGAGGACUCGCAGUGCCUACACAGCCAGAUGGAGGACGCCAUGCGGCUGAGAGAGAUCGCCGAGCGCCAGCUAACCGAGGCCUUAGAGACCAUCAAAACGGAGCGCGAGCAGAAGGCCACCCUGCGCAAGGAGCUCUCGCACUACGUGACCAUCGGGGGCUCCGUGUACAACGGCUCGUUCAAUAUCUCCUUCGACAACCUUAAACUCCACGACGAUGCCUCCGCCCUGUCCGAUCUGGACAAUGACGACCUGAUUCGCGGAUUUGAAAACGGCUUAGCCAAGGCGGGCGACACCGACAAAGACAACGACUCCUCUGCGGGACAGAGAGGAGACGGCUUCAAGCCUGCUCCCAGCCUGGUGGACGACCUGCUCAGCGAGCUCAACAUCUCGGAGAUUCAGAAACUCAAACAGCAACUUGCACAGGUGGAGAGGGAGAAAGUGGCCCUAAUCAACACUCUGCAGGAGAACCAGAAGCAGCUGGAACAGGCCUACGGCACCGUGUCUGAGCAGAAGGAAACAGUCAAUAGACUCACAGAGAACCUCAGCGCCAUCAGGAAGCUUCAGGCCAGCAAGGAGCGCCAGUCUGCGCUGGACGGCGAGAAAGAUCGCGACAGCCACGAAGACGGAGACUACUAUGAGCUGGACAUCAACGGGCCGGAGAUCCUGCAGUGUAAAUACACCGUGGCUGUGUCUGAAGCGGGCGAGCUGAGGCAGGAGCUGAAGACGCUGAGGGCGCAGUACGAGAAUUGUCGAAGCCAGUACCAAGACGAACGAGCGCGGCUGGAGAGCGACCUCCAGGAGGUGAGGUCAAGGUUAGCUUCCCUGGAGAAGAUUAGCCACACGGAUAAACUAGAGGUGGCGCGUCUGGAGAAGGAGCUCCGUCUGGUCAGUGCUGCUGCAGGAGAAUCACUUGGCAGCCUCAAUGUGGCCCAAGAUGAGCUCAUAGCUUUCAGCGAGGAGCUAGCCAAUCUGUACAACCACGUCUGCAUGUGCAACAAUGAGACUCCCAACCGUGUCAUGCUGGACUACUACAAGGAGGGCAAGGCCAUGGUGAGGCGAGGGCAAGAAGCCAAGGACCGCCACUCCUCUGUACUCAUCACCAACGGACUCAUCCCUGAAACUGACCCUGGAAAGUCAGACUCGGCUGCCCUGGCCCCGGAGCCCCGCCCGGAGCCCAUGAACAUCUACAACCUCGUCGCCAUCAUCCGAGACCAGAUCCGCCACCUGCAGCAGGCGGUGGAUCGCACCACCGAGCUGUCCCGUCAGAGGCUGGCCAAUCUGGAGCUGAGCACCGUGGCGGAUAAGGACAAGGAGGCUUGCAUGGAGGAGAUCCUCAAGCUGAAGUCUCUGCUCAGCACCAAGAGGGAACAGAUCGCCACACUCAGAGCUGUGCUCAAAGCCAACAAGCAGACAGCUGAGGUUGCCCUGGCCAACCUGAAGAGCAAAUAUGACAGCGAGAAGGCCAUGGUGACCGAGACCAUGAUGAAGCUCCGCAAUGAACUCAAGGCUUUAAAAGAAGACGCUGCCACAUUUUCCUCCCUCAGAGCCAUGUUUGCUUCAAGGUGCGACGAGUACGUGACCCAGCUGGACGACAUGCAGCGGCAACUGGCGGCAGCCGAGGACGAGAAGAAGACCUUGAACUCUCUGUUACGAAUGGCCAUCCAGCAGAAACUGGCCCUCACCCAGCGCCUGGAGGACCUGGAGUUUGACCACGAGCAGGCACGCCGCAACACAGCCACACUAGCCGGGGGUAAGAGCAAGACGAAGGGCAAAGGUGGCGCCUCCAGUCAUCAUUAAAUCUCUCAAGUCAAGUGUCCUUGAGGAGUUUGCUCAUUGUAUAGUUUCCAGACCAGCCAGAAGGACUGACACCUGCGCUCAUGGGGGUCCUCAUGCUCUCGUCGACUUCCAAAUCACGCAAACAGCAGAUCCCACGACACAACAAGGGCCUCGUUUUAAAGUGCCAAAACUCUUGAGUAAGCUGUUCCACGCAGCAUCAGAUGUCCUUACAGUCUUCCAAGAAUGCACGCCACUAUGAUGACUGACACAAUGACCCAGUCACCAUACGUUCUGUUGUUGCUUGGCGAAUGCGUUGCUUGUGCGUGCGUGCGUGUGUGUGUGUAUGUAUGUAUGUGUGUUUUCCCCACUCAGCACUUUUUCUUUGACUUGUUGGCGCUUUCUUUCCAAGCUGGUUUUAACCUUUUCUAGUAUUAUGACUUUUUUUUUAUUAUUUUUUUUUUUUACAGGAAAUGCAUGUUCAUCUGCCAGGUUUAUAGUCUUUAAGUCAUUGACCUACUUUUCUAGUAUUUAUUUUGUGUCAAAAAGUCACUUUGUUGUGCUUUUCUUUUUUUGUUUUAUUCCCACUAAGCCUGAAUUUUUAAUCCACUGCUUGGAAUAAUGAGAAAUGAAACCCAUUUCUGUUAUUAAGCUAUUAAGGCUAAAUAGGAACAUGAUAUUUUCCAGUAUAAUGUUGAACUAAAGACAUGGGGCUUUGAAUUCAUGGUCCUAAUUCAAUUUCUUACAAUGUGGCUUCUCCUCUGUAGUCAUGGCAACAUACUGUAUGCUUGUCAUCAGUAAGGAAGAGUAUUCAUGCAAACUUUAUUUAAGGAUUUCUAAGUUAAGGUCUGAUGUUAAUAGUAUUCAUUCACAGAAGAGAGUUUUAAUGUAUUUGUUUUCAUACAGUUUUUUUAAAACAGUUCACCUACAGUGCCAUUUUGUGCGAUGAUGUAAGUGCAAUUUCCAAGCGUGGUGCGGAUAAAUCCUAACCUUUGGUCAUGCCAAGUGAAAAUAUGUUACACAAUGUUUCUCACUUUUUCCUACUUCUGCCAUGUUUUGUUAUAAUAACUUAUAACGGUUAUUGUUCGGUGGGAUGGAGGUGGAUGGUCAACAUUUUACAGAUUUGUGAUAAAAACACAAGCAAGAGUCAUCCUGACUGCAGACGACUGUGCUAACAUUUUUGACUGGUGAAGAAAUAAAAUAUUCUAACUCACA